GCCGACAGUCGCGAUAGUGAUUGUGCCGACGCCGCCCAAUCAGUGUGCGCAAACGAUGAAUACCGUCCGGUUGCGUUUUGCCGACACCGUCGCGUUUCUCGUUGUCGCGAUUGGCUGGUCAGCCGCCGACGCUGUAGUCUGUUGCAACAGUAGUUCAGUCACGAGCGGCGGCGGAGUCGCGUAUUGCCAGAACGAAAAUCGGACGUUCCACACAGUCGAGGCGUUCGACGGCGGCGCGUGCGAUGACAACCAGACAGCCUUGCCGGUCCGGAAGUGCUGUCCGCCGGGCCAACUUUACGAUCCGGAAGUGCGGUUCUGCGGACCAGCCGGGGAGGACGACGAAGAGUACCUGCGGCGGAUGAUGCAGCGACUGAGAGACGGAUUCCGGGUAGUGGCAGAUGCGGUGAUGGUUGGUUACGAUUAUGAGCAGCCAAAGUGCAACGCCACGCAAGUGCUAGUCGACGUGCCCGCUGUGGAGGUGCGUGGGCUGAUGGAGGCGGACCCGUCGGCCAUCGUGUUGCCGCCGGGCUACUGCUUUGACAUGACGCCAUCCGAUGAGCUGGUGUCCCGGACGUGCCGACCACGUGACCAGUACUGCGGCCGGGACGGUUACACGUGCGUCAACAAAUGCUGCAAGCACGACCAGAUGUACGUCAUCGACGACGAUGGUCGGAUGUGCAAGCAGAGCGACAAGCCGUUCACGAUGUCCGCCUAUGAAACAGACGCGGACGGCCGUCCUGUGGGCCAGUCGAACAGCACAGUGCUGCCGUACAACGUCGAACCCAGUUGUAUCACGAAACAAAUGGUUAAGGACGGGUUCGUGUUGACCACGGAUGGCAGCAUUUACCUUACUGGAGACCGCAAACGCGUACCGGACGUUUUGUACUGCGUGGAGUAUUACGCCGAGGCCGGUGCACAGGUGGCCACCGUCCUGCAGGCGUUCGUGUGCGGCGAUGACACAAGUGACAGCUGGUUUGACUUAUUCCUUCUGGUUAAUUCUCUGGCGUCCAUCGUGUGCCUGGCGCUCACACUGCUCGUGUACAACACACUUCCAAGCCUCCAGAACAGCCGCAACUGCUACGUCAAGCCCUACAUUGUCUGCGAACUCGUGUCAUUCCUCUGCGCAGUAAUCAAAGAUAUAUACAAAGGCAUACAAGGUCAUUCGUGCGUUCUAUACGGUUAUUUUCAAUUAUUUACAUAUUUGGCAUCAUUUUGCUGGUUAAACGUAAUAUGCUUCGAUAUUUACUGGAUGUUAAGGUACAAUAUUUCAAUAAACAAAAAUAAAUCAAUAUCAGUACGUACCAUUAUGUACCAUAUUUACUGCUGGGGAUUUUCAAUUGUUUGCGUAUCUACCGGUUAUUUAUUUCAAUAUUCACAAUACGAAUCGUUACAGAAAUUAUCACCCGACAUUGGAGACCCUUUUUGCUGGUUUAAAGAAAAAACUCGCUACGGAAUUUUAAUUUUCUACCUGAUACCCUCCAGUAUUAUGUUGACUGCCAAUGUAAUUUUGUGCUUCCUAACUGCUAUUUAUUUUUUAAGAAUUAAAUCUGAGCUCAACGGAUUCAAAGGGUCAGAUUCAAAAACAGAAAUUUUUCUUGUUUACAAAGAGAAAUUUGUUAUGAGCACCAAACUAUUUCUGAUUAUGGGAACCUCAUAUUUUUUUUGGAUAAUAUGUUCUUUAUUCCAAAAUGAACAGGGGAUCAUAUGGGAUAUUUCUUAUGUAAUGACCUGUCUACAAGGAGUUACCAUAUUUAUUAUAUUUGUGGCCAAGCGCAAAGUUAUUAUGGACUUACGGAAAAAGUUUAGAGAUGCAAUGGGUCGCAGUGAAUCGACAAAAAUUAACAUUAUCCCUGGUUCGUCAUAAAUGUGGCACUGGAAAGUACUCAUAAAAGUUAUAAUGAUUUCUAAAUUGCAAUAUGAAUAACUAUAGUAUUAUGUAAAUAUUAUUAUAUUAUAUAUUAAGACGCAAGGCAUAAAAAAAUCAUUAUUUUUGUGCCUUUAAAUAUUACGUAUUUGUUAUUUGUAAUUAUUAUAAAAAUAAAAUAAUAGUUAAUAAUCAAAAAAUACAAUUUAUUAUACUCCAAUAAAUGUUAAAUUGUUUAAUGUA